AAAAGUAAGUUUCGUGCAUCUAACAAGUGCUUUUUCGAACUUCUUUCUGAUCUGAAUAGUAAUAGUAAGUUAUGUGAGAAAUACUUGAGUUGAGGGAGGGAUAUACAUAGUCUAACUAACGUUAACUAGCUACGAUUUAAGUAAUGUUACAGUACUAUCAAAGUUCCUUGCUACUUCUUAAUUCUCUGGAUUUAAGGACAAACUACAACCAAUAGUACAACAGUAAUGUUAAAUCUUACUUGUGAAAAGUAAUCCCGAGCCGUACUUGCGAUGGUCCGCCGAUCAGAACAGGAAAAUACUGCAUAGUGCUCUGGUAUCUUAACUGCUGCUACGCAACGAAACUAUGAGUACGACCGGUUCAAGAUGGCGGCCGCAAAUUGGUUCGUUGCACAAGAUGGCGCCCUUUAACUUCCGGGGCGCAAGUGUGUGCAUACUUAUUUCCGGUCGUAUAGAACUGUGAGGGAAGAAGUGAAGAUCUGUGUCUUCGUUAGCAAAAAUAAGCAUGUUUAAAAUAAAAAAGAAUAAAGUCGUUUAUCAGCGACAGGAGAGAACAUCUUCCCUACAUUGCUGUAUACCUCAGUGCACUAAUUCGUCUCGGUACAACAGCGCAAUAAGCUUUCAUUCUUUCCCUGUUGACGCUGAAGUUCGUGCUCAGUGGUUAACGAAAAUCCGUAGGGAUCACUUCAGUCCUACAAAAAAUACUAGAGUGUGUAGUGUUCAUUUCUGUGGAGCUAAUUUUGUUUUGACGCCUGGGGGACUGAGAAAACUUAAAAGGGGAGUUAUUCCCUCUCUUUUUGCAUGGAACAACUAUACUCUUCCCACACCGAGAGAGAAUGUUUGGGAUCGUCGACCAAGAUGCUCCGUCCCAGAAGAGACGUCUCCGCCUGAAUCUGAGAUGAGUGAACCACAAACGGCACCUGAUCAUGACUACCCUGUCACUCCAGCAACAUCAGUAAUGGCAGGUGAAAUGGCAAUGAGUUAUGACGAACUGAAGAGGAAAUUGGAAGAUCUACAAUAUCAGUUGGAAACUGUACAGUUACAGUCCCGUUUUGGUUUACACCGCAUCGCUGGAUCAGACGACAAUAUUCGUUUUUACACGAGGUUUGCUUCUUACAAGCAUUUCUUGGCCUUUUGGAAAUUGGUGGAGCCUGCUGCAAAAAGUAGGAUGGUGCGAAUUACCAGUGCAAGGGCUGCCUCUGACAGCUUUGAUGAGCUGACCCAAACAAAAACAACGAAACUUGCACCAGUAGAUGAGCUGCUGCUUUUUCUGAUGCACUUGUCUGUGGGUCUGCCUCUCAGGGAUCUAGCAGAGCGCUUUGGUGUUCAUCGGACCACAGCUAGCCGAAUCAUUGUGACUUGGACACACUUUCUGUACAACCUACUUGGUUCAAUUCGCCUGUGGAUACCAAAAGAAGUCGUCAGAGCUCUCUUACCACCAGAGUUUGCAGACUUCCCUGACACUCAAGUGGUGCUGGACUGCACUGAAUUGUACUGCCAAACACCCUCCUCUCUACUACUUCAGAAUGAGGUGUUUUCGAAUUACAAAUCACACAGUACAUUGAAGGCGAUGAUUGGCAUUGCACCACAUGGUGCCAUUACCUUUGUUUCAGUGCUGUAUGCAGGCUCUAUGAGUGACCGGGAGAUUUUCAAACUUUCAGGAAUUAUUAAAUGCCUCACACCAGACAUGGCCAUUAUGGUUGACAAGGGCUUUUUGGUAGAUGAUCUCGUUCCUUGCAAGGUUUACCGACCUGCUUAUCGGUCAAAUAAUUCCCAGAUGUCCAGGCAGGAUGUACAACAGACCCAAUCCAUUGCCCAACUGCGAGUACAUGUUGAGAGAUGCAUCCGGAGGGUGAAGGAGAACAAACUGUUUGACAAACCCAUACCAUUGUCAAUAUGUGGCAGCAUUGACCAGCUGUUUAGUGUAGCUUGCUUUCUGGUCAACUACCAGAAUGGACCGCUGGUGAAGUCAUGGUCAGUUAAAUGCUGAA